AUGCACUUCAACUUCUCUACCAUUGCCGUGGUCCUCGCCGCCAUGAGCGUCGCCGUCGAGGCUGCCCCCAAGGGAGGACGUGGCCGUGCGAAGGCCAAGCAGGGUGCCAAAGACCACGCCGGCGACGUCGCUGGUGGUGCCGCCACUGCCGCUGGAUUCAUCCCAUCCACCGCUGGCAAACACGUGGCUCACAACUGCUGCGUCAACGACGGCGGCUGGCAAUACAACGCGCGCGCUGCAACACUCACCGAGACUGUAUGCAAGCAGUUCUCCAGCGCUCAAAUGUACAACAACGCUUGCACUGAGGCUGCAGGAUCCGGACCUAUCUCUGGCGAUGCCUUUUACAAUGCUUGCAAGAACGCGGCUCCUGGCGACAAUACUGUUGGCGCUGGAUACCGCGCUACCUGCUAA